AUGCCCACCACACAACAACAACAACAACAACCCCUCCAACCCCCCCAACCGCGCCCGCGCCCCACGCCACCCCCCCUCACAGCCUCCGCCCACCAACACGACACCAAAAAGCACCUCCUCCUCGCGUCCUCCGGCUCCGUCGCCACCAUCAAGCUCCCCAGCAUCGUCACCGCCCUCGCCCCGCACCGCAACCUCUCCAUCCGCAUCGUCCUCACCGGCUCGGCCGCGGCCUUCCUGGCCGGCCAGUCCGCCGAGCAGCCCGACCUCGCGGCCGUCGCCGCGCUGCCCAACGUCGACGGCGUCUACCUCGACGCCGACGAGUGGCGCGAGCCGUGGGUGCGCGGCAACAGCAUCCUGCACAUCGAGCUGCGGCGGUGGGCGGAUAUCCUUGUGGUGGCGCCGCUGAGCGCCAACACGAUGGCGAAGAUGGUGGGGGGCGUGUGCGACGGGUUGCUGCUGUCGACGGUGAGGGCGUGGGAUACGAUGGGCGUGUUGGAUCCGGUGAGGCUGCCGGAUGUGGAGGGGGUGGAGGGCGCGGUGGGUGGUGGUGGGGAGGAGGGCGGGGCGGCGGUGGUGAGGACGAGGAAGAAGAGGAUCGUGGUGGCGCCGGCGAUGAAUACGGCCAUGUGGGAGCACCCGGUUACGGCGAAGCAGGUUAGGGUGUUGGAGGAGGAGUGGGGCGUUGCGAAUGGCGGGUGGGUGGAGGUGUUGAGACCGAUUGAGAAGACGAUUGCGUGUGGGGAUACUGGGAGCGGGGGCAUGAAGGAGUGGAAGGAGAUUGUGGGUGUGAUUGAGGAGAGGAUGGGGUUGACUCGUGCGUGA